CGUAGCGUCAUGGCGGUGUCUGUAGCUAUAGAUGAACCCGGGAUGCUUCUGGAAAGUCCCCACUGGGACGACCGCACGGGGACGCUGCUGUAUGUUGACCAUAUGGGACAGCGUGUCCACCACUGGAGUCCAGUCACCAAGCACAAGGACACGUAUGACAUAGACUGCGUGGUAGGUGCCGUCGUCCCUAGGGAAUCAGGAGGGGCUGUAGUGGCCGCUGGGACCAAGUUUGCUUUUCUCGAUUUCGAGACCGGGAAACUGACCUCUGUUGCGACGGUGGACCAGCACAAACCCACCAACCGGUUCAACGAUGGCAAGUGCGAUGCUGCCGGCAGGUUUUGGGCUGGCACUAUCGGUAAAGUGGACGAGGGUGCUCCCACACAACUCGAACGGAAAGCUGGAUCAUUGUACUGCCUUCACACGGCUGGUAUCGUUACAAAGGCGUUCAAUGAAGUUGACCUCUCUAACGGUCUGACAUGGACAUCUGACAACUCCACCAUGUACUACAUCGACUCACUCAAGUACAGCGUGGAUGCCUUCGACUUUGACAUGCCAACUGGAACUCUGAGUAUGUACUUUCUAUGUAACCGUCGUCAAGUGAUGGCUUUUAACCCGCCGGUAGACGGUAUGCCUGAUGGGAUGUGUCUCGACACAGAUGGUAAAGUGUGGAUAGCCAUGUAUGGUGCUGGUCAGGUGCUACAGGUGGACCCAAGCACAGGCACACAACUCCGCUCCGUCAAGUUUCCAGCUCCCCGCACCACGUCGUGCUGUUUCGGAGGCCCUAACCUUGACGUCAUGUACGUGACAAGUACAAGGGCAGGUUACUCUCCGGAGGAGAUCCAGCAGAAUCCUCUGUCUGGCUGUCUGUUCCAAGUGACCGAGAUGGGAGCCAGAGGCACCCCUGGGGUGUGCUACAAAGGUUAAACCAACGGUGGCAGUCUUUUCAAUAUCGUAAAAUGAUCACAGCUGCUGCUUUUUACCAGUCUCUACAAGACUCCUGUAUUUACUGACAGAAAUAUUUAGAAAUUUACUCGCGGCUUAGUCAGUCAUAAAUUUACACAGUUGCUAGCAUAUGGUAAAGAGACUUUGAGUCCCUGGUGCUGUCAACUUUUCAAGAAUGUUUAACUACAGUGCAAACCCUGUUUCUGUCAAUAAGGCGUGAAUAUGUAUCAAUAUUACAAUGAUUGUACUUGAUGCAAGAGAAAUAUGUUAUAAGCUUUCUUGAAAAAGCUUCAAUAACUGCUUGAUAUCUGUUCAGUUCCCACCCCUUGGUAAUUUGAACUUUCGUUUAUUCAUGAAAAGCUAAAAUCGGCAUGCAUGCCUCUUUACAUGAAGUGAAGUGCUACUGUUAAUCAUUUUGGCAAGCAUGUUUGACAUGUCUACUGAUAUUCCCGAAAUAAACAUGUCUGUAACUGGUAAGAUAUGAUCUGACAAUAAAACUCUGGAAUGCAGGUCUCAACAAUAUCUCUUAAUGACAACAAUUAUUACCAUUUAUAGGAUAUUUAGCCCCAUGACAACAAAUACCACCAAAAAGUAGUAUACGGAAAAUGAACAAAAACGUUGAACGUAUUUGCUUCAAGUUGCGUCAACAACUUACUCCUUAUGCUUUUG